UCGAAUACCCCUGCCACUGUUGUUGUUUACCGCUGUAAAGACAACAGGUUUGUUGGACGCCGCCGUAUUUCGCGUGCGAUUAACAAGCAAAUCAUUGUGAAAAACGUACUUUUUCGAGUAUUUUCGAGAAAGAUUGAUUACCUUGGGAUAUUGCCGGCAUUCUAUAAUUGAGUAUGGAGGUGGAAGAGUGCCGAGAAUAUGGAUACUCCCUGGUGAGGACAAUCGCAGCCGGGAGGUUUGGGGACAUCAAGCAGGCUACCAUCAUGGACUCCAUGCCGACCAGGAGAGGACACGGCCUGGGGCACACACGUCACCAACAGGACAUUCAUGUUGCGGUGAAAAUCUACAACAAGGGAAAGCCGAAUUAUGAGCUCUUCCAGAGGGAGGCGGACAUGCUGCAGAAGCUCGAGCAUCCACACGUGAUGUACGUACACCAGUGUUUCUUCACAAUCGACCGUGCCUAUCUGGUGAUGGAGUAUUGUGGAAUGAACGGGAGGCUGGGGGAGUUCAUCCAGCAGUACCGGGCGGGCAGAGGCGUGGGUCUAGCCGAGGACGUCGUGCGGCACUUCACCCUCCAGCUGGUGGACGGAAUGAAGUACGUUCACAAGCGUGGCAUUGUGCACAGAGACCUUACGGCCGACAACGUAUUGUUAGAUGACAAGUACAACCUCAAAAUCACCGGGUUCAAUUACGCUACACAGUUAGAGAAGGGCUGUGAACUGGUGUCCCGUAAUGAACCGAAUUUCCUGGAGAACAUGAAGACAAGCGCACUGGAGUACACACCUCCGGAGAUACUCUGUCAGGAGGAGUACCUGGGGAAACCGGCCGACGUUUGGAGCAUGGGGGUUGUGUUCUACAUGAUGGUCGCAGGAGAGAAGCCUUUCAUUGCUCCGCCACACGAGUUCCCGCUCGUCAGGGUUGACCUCUACGCCAAAGAGAUCUGUGAAAGACAGCCGAUAUACGACAACUUUAUGGUAUCAAAAGAGGCAAAGAGGCUCGCCCGCAAGUUACUACAGUUAGAUCCAGCUAAACGACCAACUCUAAGGCAGCUCCGUGGCAGUUUGUCAAAUUGGGUAUACUUAGCCUUGGGUCCGAACCAAGUUGAAAAUAUUGCGCGGGCCCACAAGCGUAAGUACGAGAAGCUGGAAAAUAUUGCGCGGGCUCACAAGCGCAAGUACCAGCAGCAGGGGAGAGCUGAGAAGGGCGAGACCGUGGCGGGUGACCAGGGCGAGACCGACCCAGAGCCACUGUUCAUACACAGAACCUACGACUUCAUGGAGGAGACACCCGCCCCACUGCGAUCAACUCCUGAACUUGUCCACAGGAGGUACAGUGACAAAUGUGAGGCGCUCAUAAUAAACAGAACGAAACCCCGAGAUGCUGAAGAUAACGUCAACACCAGAAAGGUUGACGACGACGCUAGCCAUGCCGAUAGCGAUCGGUCAGGAAAUGUGGAUGCUGACUUGAGUACCCGUAAGCGUCGCGGCAGAGACGCUAGCCAUGCCGAUCGGUCAGGAAAGGUGGAUGCUGACUUGAGUGCCGGUAAGCGUCGCGGCAGAGACGCUAGCCAUGCCGAUAGCGAUCGGUCAGGAAAUGUGGAUGCUGACUUGAGUACCCGUAAGCGUCGCGGCAGAGACGCUAGCCAUGCCGAUCGGUCAGGAAAGGUGGAUGCUGACUUGAGUGCCCGUAAGCGUCGCGGCAGAGACGCUAGCCAUGCCGAUCGGUCAGGAAAUGUGGAUGCUGACUUGAGUGCCCAUAAGCGUCGCGGUAGAGACGCUAGCCAUGCCGAGAGCGAUCGGUCAGGAAAUGUGGAUGCUGACUCGAGUGCCCAUAAGCGUCGCGGCAGAAGACUCGUUUUUAUGACGCAGAAAGGUGUCGAGAACCUCAUGGAAAGGAAUACUUUUGCACCAAAACCACCAUCCGAGAGAAAGUGUGCAGUAGCUGAUGAAGUAGCGCCCCCAUCAGGUCAUCAUCCGUCCUCACAGAUGACACAGAAAGAUAUUGGAGACCUAGGUGCAGGUUUCGUGCCCAAACCGCCGCAAGGGAAGAAGUCCGCCGGUGUGGCGGCACCACAGUCCGGUCAACACCCGUCCUCACAGAUGACCAGGACACAGAAAGAUAUUGGAGACCUAGGUGCAGAUUUCGUACCCAAACCGCCGCCUGGAAAGAAGUCCGUCGGUGUGGCGGCACCACCGUCCGGUCAGCCCCAGUCUUCACGAGCACAGAUCAGGAAGAGGGAGCGGAUGGAAUCCGUGUCAAAACGUGAAAAGGGUGGAGAGUUGCCAGCCAACAAAACCUCGCGCUUCAGAGCACCGAUUCCCUCACCGGGCCUUACCCCACCGCCGGAGUGCCUUGAUCAAGUGGAGCCAGACGGGGACUGCAAGCCCUCAUACCUGGAAGGUAGCGGACUCAGCGUGAAGCUGCUCUCAGACGGAAGAAAACGUAUCCCGAUGACAAAGAAAGAUGUUGGAGGUACAGGUCCCGUCCCCAAACCGCCGCCUGGGAAGAAGUCCGCCGGUGUGGCGGCACCACAGUCCGGUCAGCUCCAGUCUUCACGAGCACAGACCAGGAAGAGGGAGGGAAGAGUUCCACAGGAAUCCGUGUCAAAACGUGAAAAGGGUGGAGAAUUGCCAGCCAACAAAACCUCGCGCUUCAGAGCGCAUAUUCCCUCACCGUGCCUUACCCCGCCGCCGGAGUGCCUUACUCAAGUGGAACCUGAAGACAGCGAGUUAAUGUAUCAAGGAGGCUGCGGAUCCACCAUGAAGCUGUCGCCAGGUACAGCUGGUAUGGUAAGGCCCCCGUACGGUCAGCGCCCGUCUUCACGAGCACAGAUCAGGAAGAAGGAACGGAUGGAAUCCGGGUCAAAACGUGAAGAAGAUGGAACGUUGACGGCCAACAAAACCUUUCGCUUCCAAGCGCGGGUACCCUCCCCCGACCUUACCCCACCACCAGAGUGCCUUGAUCUAGAGCCAAACGAGGACGAAAGGAAAACUGCUCCGAUGACACAGAAAAGUAUCGAUAGCCUAACCGAUGCUACGACGUUUACUCCCAAGCCGCCGCCCAGGAAGAAGAGCACGGCGGCUGGUAUGGUGGCGCGUCCGUCCGGCCAGCACCAGUCCUCACAAGCCUCACGAGCACAGAUCACGCUGAAACACAGACGGGUAAUCUCCCCUAACGGACCCACAGAGAAUGUGAAGUCAUCCAAGGGCGGCAGUCAGGUGGCGCACAGCACAACAUUCAGGUGGCACUCUGAGAGGCCCUCCCCCUGCCUUACCCCGCCACCAGAGUGCCUGGUGCAAGAGGAGCCAGCAGAUGGCGUUCUGGGCGAUAGUGGACCCAGCUUGAAGCGGUCCACACCGAUGGGAAGUCAGCGGCACCCCGAUGUUGGCCCUCGGGAGGAGGAGAGAGGUGACGGUGAGGAUGGGUCGGAGCGCAGAUCUAACAUCCGCGGCACCAAGUCAAGAAGUGACCGGGACAUGAAGCGAACGUCGAGGAAGAGCGAAGGGGACGUCCGGAGUGCCAUGAAGAGAACGGAAGCCAACGUGAGUCAGAGAAUGGACGACAGCAGCACCAGAAAGCGCGGGAAAUCCAGGUCACAGAGACACAACCAGGACGGAGCUGAGGCUGACGUAGAUGGAGGACACGCCCUUCGGAAGACAAGUGGACGAGUGUUGCUUCCACCUGUCGAUGCAAAGCAGAAGAAGAGGUUGGACGGCAGAGCGCGCCUACCUCCGAUCAACAGGAGAUCCUGAGGAACACACAGAGAGAUAGGGCAAGACAGAAUCGAUAGCAUAUAGAGAUAUGCAAAAUGAGUUUUUAUCAUUUAUAAUUGUUAUGUGUACCAGUUACUGAAAAAGUCACGAAAAUUGAAAGAAAAACGUCGAAGAGAUAUAUGUCAACUGUGCAAAAAGCAAAACUAAAAAAAAGAAAUUUAAGAAAUAAAUGUGUGUGUGUGUUUGUGUGUGAGUAUGCACGUCUUGUGAAAAUCAAAUUCAAAAGGACUUUAACUUAAAGACUUUAGGUGCUGAUGCUGAAUAAAUGUCAACAUUUUGUAAGAUUCUACAUCGUGUACAGCUAAAGGCGAAAAGAUACGUUUGUACUGUGGAGAAAGGGCUAAAUGUACUUAUUUGUGUGUGUGUAAGGAAAAGUGAAAUUCGAAACACGUCUUCUCAAAUUAAAUAUGAAUAAAAGACUUCAAGUGAUGAUACUGAAUAAAGGUCAACACUUUGAUUAUA